GAUAACACAGUGAACCCCGAACAAACACCGCCCUUUCCCUUUCUGGUCCAUAUAUAAGCAUUAGUGGAUCCAAAGGAAUUUUAUCCACGCUCCCGUGAAAAAAUCUGGGCCACUAAAGAAUGGAGAAAAAUUUGUCACUUAAGAGAUUCGAUGUCAACAAGGGAGCAUGGACAGCUGAAGAAGAUAGAAAAUUGGCUGAGGUUAUUGCAGUUCAUGGUGCUAAAAGGUGGAAGACAAUUCCAACCAUAGCAGGUUUAAAUAGGUGUGGUAAAAGUUGCAGGCUGAGAUGGAUGAAUUAUCUUAGGCCUAACAUCAAGAGAGGAAAUAUAUCAGACCAAGAAGAGGACUUGAUACUUAGGCUUCAUAAACUCCUUGGGAACAGGUGGUCUUUGAUUGCAGGAAGGUUACCAGGAAGAACAGAUAAUGAGAUCAAGAACUACUGGAAUUCUCAUUUGAGCAAGAAAGUGAACCAGAAGGAGAAACACAGUGGAGCAUCAGCUAGGCAAGGCUGCAAAUUUGCUCAACAGAGAUUGGUGGAGAACGCCAAAGAACAAGUGAGAGAAGAGAAUACAUCUACUGGAUUUGAGGAGUCGAAUAUAAGCUUCGAUGUGGAUGACUUCUUUGAUUUCUCCAAAGUGGAUACCCGGAACUUUGAAUGGGUGAACAGGUUUCUUGAAGUUGACGACGGUUUUAAGUUUUAACUGAAACUUUAUGGAUGGAACCCCAAGAGCUUUUUGUUGUUUGUUUAUCUUCUAUCAUCAUGAUUCAUGAAUUUGAUGCAAUCCAUGUUAAUAUGUAAAACCUUGUUAUCUAUCCCUGAAUUUGGCUACAUACGUGUUUUGUGUCGGCUAUAUGCCCUAGUUGCCGACAUAGUGAAACUGUAGCACAGACUCUUGUUAUUGGUGUCAAUCAAUUAGACCAACAAGUUGAACCCCGUA